AUGAGGAGUUAUGGAUUAGAGAGCAAGGAUGAAUUUCCUCGAGAGGGUUCAGUAGUGUUGGCCUUACCAACCCCAUCACCUCCUCCUUUGGCUUCUGCCUCAAUUGGUACCUCCAAGAAGAGUAGAGGCAGGCCUCGUGGUUCUCACAACAAGAAUCACUCUAGGAAAAUACCUUCUGGAUUACCGAGACCUACACUUACGUCCCACAUCAUCAUGGUCAACCCGGGAGAGGAGUUGUACGAAAAACUAAGGGCAUUUUCUCAAGAUAUUGCAAAGAGUGUUAGCAUCGUAACAGCAAAUGGUGUUGUCUCAAAAGUGAGAAUAUCUUCACAUCCAUCUUCAGAUGAAACUAUAACUUAUGAGGGUCGAUAUGAAAUAAUAUCACUCUCUGGUUCUUUCAUUUUUUAUGAAAAUGAAAGUCAGAGAAACAUAAAUAGUGGGUUAAACGUGACAUUGUCAUCAUUUUCCGAUGGUCGUGUAUUUGGUGGUCGAGUUGCUGGUGUUUUAAUAGCUGCUACCUCUCUUCAGAUAGUAUUGGGGAGCUUCUCUUCAGAGGGUCUAGAGGAAGUGGAUUUUACAAACCAGAAGGAAAACGAGUCUGGCCCAAAAGAGGUUCCUACAGAAGCCCCAAAGGAUCUCAUCAUCAAAGGGUAG